CCUCAACCUUUCAGCGUUUCUGUGGAGAGUUUCGUGAAUGUCAGAUGUUCGACUGUUUGGGGACAGCGAGACGCAGCGGGAUAAGCGCACGUUGAUCCGAGAAAGAAAAACGUAUUUUUGAUAAAUGGCUAUAAUGUUACUUCUUAAUAACUAACAUUGUCAUUUUCUUUCCAUUUCUGGAGUAUUUUGAAAUCACGGGUUUGCCGCUAAAGAUCUCCAGCCCGCAGUAAGACAUGUCAUUGGCAGAGCCAGCAGAGUUGCUGCUGAUAAGGGACCACUAUGACCGUGCGUUGGAUUGUCUGACCAGGGGCCUGGCGGCCGACCAGGCAGGGCAGGGGCCCCAGGCCCUGGAGCUGUACAGGAGGGGCCGGCAGCACCUAACCCUGGGCCUGGAGGUCCCUACCAGGGGGCCACGGAACCAGGGGGCCCCUUGGGAUACGGCCAGGCAGCUGCAGCAGAAGAUGAGGGAGACUCUGACUAACAUCAGCACCCGAGUAGCUAACAUGGAGACAGCUGGGGUGAUGACGGCGGGCCAGGGAGGCCCAGCAUUGGUGGAUCUAGUGGAUCUUUCUUCCCAGUGCCUCUACCCCACCCUGGGGCCAUUGGUGCCACCUGUGCCGCAGCCUGGUUCCUCCAACCCCCUCCUCCACCUCUACCCCACAUUGCCACCCAAGGCUACCCCAACAGACAGCCUCCCUGCCGGGACUACAGGCACCACCAUGGCCACCUCUCUGCCCGUCAUCCCUGCCCUGCCCCUGGGGCUCCCAGGAGAGCAGCCCCCGGCCUACACCCCCAAACCCACCGACGGGCACCACAGCCUGGCUUAUGGCCCAGCCGGAGGAGGGGGUCUGGGCCUGGGGGGAGCUCCACAGCCCAGGGGAGAGGUAGGGGGGGACGGAGAGGAGCUUCUGUUCCUCCCUCGGGGGGUGCAGAUGUUUUUCGUGUCGUCGGACGGCCAGGUGGGCACCCCGUCGUACCCGGGUUACCUACGCAUCAUCAGGUUCAGCAGCCAGCUCAAAGACAUGGCCAAUGGAGGAGCGUCAGCCUUCCUACACGUGUGUGAUUGGCUGUACCCACUGAUGCCAGACACCCCAGUGCUGCUGUCUACCUCUGGGAUCUUUAUGUUUCCUGACACCAUGGCGGGGAUGCCCGGGUCCUACGUAGGGGUUGUGCUGUCCUCAGAACUGCCUGCAGCAGACAGACACGCCUUUCAGGACCUCCUCUCACAACUCACUGAGCUACGGGUACAGGGUCCAGAGGAGGGGGCGGGGUCAGAGAUCAUGAACCUGAGUGAGAAGGUUCCCAUUGGUCUCCCUGUGGAGGGGGCGGGAGCAGCGACGGGGGAGGAGAAACCCCCCCUACCUGAGUGGAGCGAGAUGAUGUCCCAAGGCAUCCUGGCAGGUGCAUCAUGGCUGAGUAAGGGGUUUGUGCGUGGAGCGGAGGCCACAGGUAAGGCCAUUCAUAAAGGAGCGUCCAAGCUGAGAGAACACAUCACCCCAGAGAACGUCCCAGCUGAGGUCAGCCCUGGGGUCACUAAGAGCCUGCACCACGCAAAACAGGCCACCGGGGGCGCUGUUCGCGUCAGUCAGUUCCUGGUGGACGGAGUGUGUACCGUAGCAGGCUGUGUGGGGGAGAAGCUGGCUCCUCAUGUCAAGAAACAUGGCAGUAAACUGAUCCCUGAGUCCAUGAAGAACACUAAAGAUGGCCGCUCCAACCUGGACGGAGCUAUGGAGGUGGCAGUCAGCAGCAUGCAGGGUCUCUCCACUAUUUGGACUGGUUUGGAAACUGGAGCAAAGAACAUCGGCAAGAGUGUCACCUCUGAGACGGUCACGACCGUGAAGCAUAAAUUUCGGGGUCUAGAGGGUCUUUUAGACAACCCCAGCAACUGACGGGUCGGGGAGUAAAGACAGAGACCUUUGAACUGUAACCUUUGACCUUUGUGACUGAAUACUGACUGAAUCAUCCCUAUGUGAAUAACUCUGGUCUGGCCUGAGAAUGACCCUUGAUCCCUAACCCCUAGUUUCUAGCUCCUAGUCCCUAGUAUCUAGCCCCUAGUCCCUAGCCCCUAAUCCCUAUCUCCUAACCCCUAGGCCCCUAAUGCCUAAUUCCUAGCCCCUAGGAACUUGUGUUGAUCUAAGUCCAUUGAAAGGCUAGGUGGUGGAAGGUGGAACAUCCAUCCUCAUAUUGCUCACACCUAUCCUCGGAUCAAGGCAAUGGAAGAGAUUAUUGAUUGUUUUCAGACAGGCAGGGGUCCUGGCAGGCCUGUGUGUCUGUGUGUUUUGGGUGGAGGUACCGUUCUUAUGUGAAGCCUCUUUCCUGCUUUGUUACUAAUAAACCUAAUAUGAAAUCAAAUAACUUCAGUGACUCUGUCCCCUCUUUCACUGUGUGCGUCCCAAAUGGCACCCUCUGUCUGCCUGAUCGUAUCUUUUCUACCAUCCUCUGCCUUGGAGUUAAUGCUCCCUCCCUACUCCCUCCCUCGCUCCC